AUUACAUAUUACCUUUUAUAUAAUCCCAUUAACUUGGACUGCGUCUGGGAUUCAUACUUGGAAGCUAGAAAAAUCUGGCUAACCUUUUUGCUUUACUGUGCAGCUAUAAGUUCACCAAAGCUGAACCUGGAACCACACUCAGAGAAUACAACGGAUCAAGGAGAAGCAAUGCAAGAAAUCAAUCAUCCAUAUGGAUUCAACGAUGGUGCGAAUAUUGGGAAUUCGGUAUCACAGCUGAUAUUGUCAGGAGGCUCAAAUACCUUAGAUUCAAUCUUCUCUCGUUGCGAGCCAUCAAUAGCUGCUGUCGGCACCAACUCUGUUUAUGAGCCAUUAGGCUCUUCAGUUUAUCUUCGGCAGAGAGAUCUCCUUCUAAAAUUCUGUCAAGGAAACGCUUCAUUUUCACGCAACUCCGUAGCGGAUCAGCUUCGAAAGAGCCAAAACACCGCAUCGACGAGCAACUGCGUCAGUCCUCAAAAGACGAAGCUGUACAGGGGCGUGAGGCAGAGACAGUGGGGUAAAUGGGUGGCCGAAAUUCGGCUCCCACAAAACAGAGUGCGGGUCUGGUUAGGCACUUACGAAACGCCCGAGACGGCAGCUUAUGCAUACGAUCGUGCGGCGUAUAAGCUCAGAGGGGAAUAUGCGAGGUUGAAUUUCCCGAAUCUGAAGGACCCAGCAAAGUUGGGUUUGGGGGAUUGUGCUAGGUUGAACGCUUUGAAAAAUGCGGUGGAUGCUAAGAUUCAAGCCAUUUGUCAAAAGGUGAAAAGAGAGAGAGCUAAAAAGAAUGCCAAGAAAGGCAACUCUGAUCGUCCUGCUGCUUCUCCUGAAGCAAAGAAUGAUGUGAAGGUAAUAGAACCAUGUUCAUCAUCCUCAUCGUUGGCUUUUAGUGACAAUUUAAGCAACGGAUUGUUGUCACCACCUACAGUAUCUGAGGAUGGGUUUCGGAGAUGUAUGAAUUCACCGUCGUCUGUCUCAAAUGAUUCUACAAUGAUGAUGGCAGGGGGACCAAACUUUGAAGACUGUUCACUUGCAAGAAUGCCAUCUUUUGAUGCUGAAUUACUAUGGGAGAUUCUUGCUAAUUAGCAUCUCAUCAAUGUGUUUAGGAUUUAGUAGUAUUUUUGUCAAGGAACGGUUACUUUGGCCUUUGUUUUAGUAUGAAAGGCAUUAGAUUUAGGAGAUGAAUUGUAAACGACUCUUUCUAAAAUUUUGCAAGUAGCAGAAAAUAAAUAUCCUUAUUUACUGCUCUUCUAGUA